CUUCCUGUCUACUGCGUUGGGAAAGACGAGAACCGCGGAGGGUGUAAUUUAGAAGUUUUGAAGCAAUCCAGCUUCCUCCUUGCUUGUUUCUCCCCCCCCCCUCCCAAAAAAACCCAACUCAGAUUACGGAAGGAAGUUGUAAAACACCCCCAACAUUGCACGGGCUGUGCAAGAACGCAGCUCUACCUAAGGCCUCCAGGAGCCUUGGAUGGAGAAGAAGACCUCACGUCAAGCCACAGCAUGGAUGAAGAAGACGGGCUUGAAGCGAUGGAGGAAUUCGUAUCUGGGCCCUUGGUCAUCUGGAUGCAGACGCUGGAAGAACUGGUGGGCAGGAGCCCCGACCAACUUCCCCAGGGAGAGGAAGAGGCGAACGAAUAUUUCCGAAAACUGGUUAAUGGAGACUUCCUGCAUCAAAUCAUGCAAACGAUCGACCAGAUUCCUAGAGGACCUCCAACUCCUUGGAAAGGUGACAACAGAGAGGAAGAGGGAUUGCACAUGCUUCAAAUAGUCCUCCAAAGGCUGCAGAAUUUCUACAGGGAUGAGCUCCACCAGGUGAUCCUUUCCCCACCUCCAAAUCUCCACGUUAUGGUCAGAGAGCCCUUCACAGCGCAGGCCGUUCAGGAGAUGAAGAAAUUGGUGCAGCUCUUACUAGGAAGUGCCGUUCAGUGUGAACAGCGAGACGUGUUCAUUGGCCGAAUCCAGUCGCUGGACAUCAGUGUGCAAGCUGCUUUGGCUUCCGCUAUCAAAGAGGUCAGCCAGGAACCGGAAAAUGUCCUGGGGUUGCAGUGGAGAGAAAUGGAUCCAUCCAGCUUGCAACAGCUCCUGUGGGAUCUUGGGGCCCGAGUUCAAAAGCUGGUCGCCGAGCGAGAUGCAGGAUUGGAGCAACUGUGGGAGCUGCAGCAGAAACAGGGAGCCCCCUUGGUGGCCCAGCUGGAGAGUAACCAGUCCCACCUCGGGGUUCAGCUUGCCGAGCGUCAAGCCCACGUGCGGCGUCUACAAGGCGAGCUGGAGAGGAAGAUGGAAGAGCUGCUGGACCAGCAAGAAGAAACCAGGAAUUUGGAACAGCAGCUUCGAAAGAUUCAACAAGAGAACCGCACGUUGGCAGGCGAGGCGCGCCAAGCCAGGUUAUACCAGGACGAAUUGGAUGCCUUGAGAGAGAAGGCGUUCCGGGCGGAGCGGCUUCAGUCGGAGCUGACGGCCCUGCGGGAAAGGAUACCCGCUUUGGAACGAUGCCGGGCGCAGCUCAAGGAAGAGCGUGACUUCUCCAAGGCCCUAUUGGAGGCAAAAGCCAUGAUGGAGGAAGAACUAGAUACCGUUUACGCCCGAGGCCUGCGCCUGAGUCAGGCAGAGAAAGAAAACCUGCGUCUGCAGAACCACUUGAACCAGAUCCAAGAGGAAAGGGACCAGCUCUCUGACCAAUCGGAGGAACUUCUGAGAGAGAAUUUACUCCUGAAAAAGCAGCUGCAAGAAACCUUGACGAAUUCCCCGAGGGAAUCGUGGUCCAAAUAUUCUCACCUGGAUGCAGAUGAAUUCCCCGAAAUGCCCCAUUUGCUGGACUGUGAGAUGAAGGAAGCCAAUCGAAUGCCGGUCCUAGAAAAGGAGAACCGGGAACGGCGUAGGAUCCAGCUUUUGUUGGGAUCAAAGAACAUGGAAGCAGAGCUGAAGGACGGCAACCUUGAUGGGCUGCCGGAACGGCGGCCCAGCCAGGCAGAAGAGCAGAAUUCAGAUAUCCAAGAGCACAAACCAGAGAUCUUGGCAUACCGAAAGACCGAAACAGCGGAAGGCCGGGCCCCGGAACAGGAAUCGGAGACCUCGGCAAGCGAAAUGAAGGCCACCUUGUCCAUUGCUCAGGCUCGACUGCGGGAGGCCGAGCAGGCGCGGGAGGCCGAAUCGAGACACGCGGCGAGUCUCGAGGAGACGCUGAGGAGCAUCCAAGGAGCGUACGGGGAAGCCCAGGAGGAAUGUGAGCGGUGGCGCGCGGAGACGGGGCGCCUGGUUGAAGAGAUUCAGGCACUACAGCGGGAAAAGGAGACGUUAAAAGCCGGAUCGCGGGUUUUGCAAGAAGCGGCCACCCAAGCUGAGGUCGACUUAAACCAGGCGCAGCAAAAUCUCCAGAAGGAACGUCUCCGGGGCGCCCAGCUAGCCCAGAAACUCCAAGGAACGGAAAACGAUUUGGGCGAAGCUCAGCACGAACUCCAGAACCUGCAACGGAGCGUAGAGCAACACAGGGUCACCUUGGCUCAGAUGGAGGUUGAGAAAGGGGCUUUGGAAGAGGCGCUGAGCCAAGCAGAGAGCGGCCGGCGGCAAGCGGACAAGGACGGCUGGCGGCUGAAGGCCAAAACCCAGGCGCAGGAGGCGGCGCUGGCUGAGCAGGGACGCCACCUGGCCCUCCUGGAGGCUCAAACACGCCGGCAGGCCGCAGAGCUCACCAGCCUACAAGAGGUUCUCCAAAGCCUCGGGGAGCUGGAACAGGAGAACGCGAACUUGAGGAAGCGACUGGAGGACAAGGAGAACGCAGCCGCCAUGCUAGAACAGGAGCUGGCGAGAGAAAAAGCCGGGCCCUCCAAAGACAAUGCAGCUGAGUCACAAGACCACCCACCGAAGGAGCAGCGAAAUCCUGAGCCAGAGACCGACAGCAGCCAAGCAAAGGCAAGGAACAGUUGCAAAGGCCAGCCAGAGAGCGCCCUCAUCGGGCGGUUUGAGGAACUGCACCGCCCCAAAGAGCCACAGGUUCAAACUCAGGAGGCGGUUCUCCAAGUUGAGAAUUCGGCGCUCACCGGACGCCUGACCCAACUGGAGUCCCUGGCCAGCAGCCUCGAGACGGUGCUCUCCGGCUUGACGCGGCAAAAGGCAGAAGACAAGGAAGGAAACGGGAAACUCCCGCCUCAAAACAGCACCUCCCAGCGCUCUCUCUUGGUAAGGCAGCUGUCCGAAGUCCGGCAGAGGUCGGGACGCCACGAAGCCGAAGUUCAGACCGUCCGGCUGGAGGCGGAAGGAUGGCGGAGACGCUACGAACAGCUCCGGUUGGAUCACGAUCGCUUGAUGCUGCUACACCGGCAGCAGGGGGACGAGCUGGAGAGGACGUUAAACGAGCAAGCUGUCCUGAAGGCAGCGCUGCGCGGCCUGGAGAAGGAACAGCGGGAACUGGAGGGCAGGCACAACCAACUGUUGGGACAGAAGACCAGCUUGGAGCUGCAAGAGGUGGCGCUGCUGGCCCAGAAGGAACGGCUCGAGCUAGCCGAGCGACGGCACCAGGAUUUGGCUGAGCAAUACGCCAAUUUAAAAGAAGAAAAAGAGCGGAUUCAGCGAGCAUUGGUCCAGAGCGAACGAGCCUACGAUGACCUCCAGGGUGAGCUUCAAGGAAUGCAGAACCGGCUGACCGGCGUGCAAUUGGAACAGGCGAAGCUGGAAGCCGAAAACGUCACUCUGAAAGAGCAGAACCAGCAGCUGGACACGGCCUUGGGGCGCCUGAGUACCCAAUGUGAGCUCCUAGUCCAGUUGAAGGGCAAGCAGGAGGAAGAGAACCGACAUCUUCUUCUGGAGAUCCAGCUGUUGAGCCGGGAGAACAGGCAGCUGCUGGAGCGCAGCAUGGAAAACCGAGAACACUUUCAGGAGGAACAGCGUCAGUACCAAGACAAAUUAGGCGAGUUGCGUCGAGAGAAGCAGAAACUGGUGGAGAAAAUCAUGGAUCAAUACCGGGUGUUGGAGCCUGCAAUCCCUCGUGGCAAGAAGAGUAACUGGAUUGCUGGUAAGAUAAGGAGACUGAUGAAACUUCGACGGGAGCAGCAGCCGCGUCCUAUGGCGGAGGGAGCUGGCAGCAGCAACGAGAGCCUGGCCGGGCCUGAGGAACAUGGGCUUGAACGUAGAGUUUCCAGCACACCCAGCUCACCGUCUCUUCUCCGCAAAGCAAGCAGCAACAUCAGCCUCCCGGAGAGUCCGCCAGUCCACUUCCGCCAUUGCCGCCUGAGUUCCCGCCUGCCGCUAACAGAACCUUCGGGGUCCGGGGAUGAAGAGGGCCAGGACACCCCCAGACAGCGUUUUCGGCAACGCCGACUAGGCGUGUUGUGGGGGUCACUGGAAGACCCUGCAGUUCCUGAGGGAGAGUCAGAACCCACAAGCCAAUUGUCCACAACCAGCGAGGAGAAAAGAGGACAGCCGCCGGGCGAGGAAGAUCAAACUUCAAACUGCCUCUUGUGAUAUUACGAUGUAUCCCUUCCCACCUACAAGCCACAAACGCCAACGUCAGAAUCCGGCUCGCAAAGAUGCACAAGCUACCAAGGAAAGUCCUGUUUCCUGAAAGAUACGCGACAACCCUGCGUGAAAACGACAAGGCCUUCC